AGGAUCCAACUGCACCAACUCUCACACGGAUCUGCUCUCCUGUCCUUUUCUAAGCGGGAUUUGAAAACGACUGUGGUGAACGAUGACUGUAUUUCCUGCUGGAUUACAAACUAUGAAGUAUUUUGUCUCCGUUUUCCCCUCGGAGCAGCUGUGACCAUCGUGUCCAGUGUCCGCAGACGCCGAUACGCACCGUGCGCACACAACCACACUCUACUUGUUGUCAUCCUGCAACAAAACAUGUCAUCCAAACUCCUGUCUUAUGUCCUGCUUCUGUCAGUCCUUCAUACCUGCUCUCUAACAAUGGAGUACGAAGAGGAGUAUGAGGAUGUAACUGUGAACCAAAUGCUGGCUCCAAAAUCUCAACAAACAGACGCCACGGAAAUACUCAACAAUCUACUGAAGGAGUAUGAUAAGACACUGCGUCCUGAUAUUGGAGUUAAACCAACCGUCAUAGAUGUUGACAUCUUUGUGAACAGCAUCGGACCGGUUUCAUCAAUAAAUAUGGAAUACCAGAUUGACAUCAUCUUUGCUCAGACGUGGACAGACAGUCGACUAAGAUACAACAGCACAAUGAAAAUACUGACUCUGAACAGCAAUAUGGUUGGUCUGAUUUGGCUGCCUGAUACAAUCUUCAGGAACUCCAAGACUGCCGAGUCCCACUGGAUUACGAUGCCCAAUCAGCUCCUGAGGAUAUGGAAUGAUGGGAAGAUACUUUAUACUUUAAGGCUAACUAUCAAUGCAGAAUGCCAGCUGCAGCUCCACAACUUUCCAAUGGAUGAGCACUCCUGUCCUCUUAUCUUUUCCAGCUAUGGAUAUCCACGAGACGAGAUGAUUUACAAGUGGAGAAAGAACUCUGUGGAGGCGGCUGACCAAAAAUCCUGGCGGCUCUACCAGUUUGAUUUUAUGGGCCUGAGAAACACCACCGAUGUAAUAAAGACCACAGCAGGCGACUACGUGGUGAUGACGGUGUACUUCGACCUAAGCAGAAGAAUGGGCUACUUCACCAUCCAGACAUACAUCCCAUGCAUCCUCACUGUGGUCCUCUCCUGGGUUUCCUUCUGGAUAAAAAAAGAUGCCACUCCAGCGCGAACCGCUUUAGGUAUAACCACGGUGCUGACUAUGACCACUCUCAGCACAGUGGCCAGGACUUCGUUACCCAGAGUGUCCUAUGUCACGGCCAUGGACCUUUUCGUCACUGUCUGCUUCCUGUUUGUCUUUGCUGCUCUGAUGGAAUACGCAACAUUGAAUUACUACUCACACAGCACUCGAAGGCCCAGCUGCAUGGAAACGAAAAGAUCAAACUACUCUGUCCUGGAUGUGAGACCUCCUCACACUGUCAUCGCUUUAAACAACUCCAUGUACUGGCAGGACUUUGAGGACGCUUGUGUCUACGAGUGUCUUGAUGGAAAAGACUGCCAGAGCUUCUUCUGCUGCUACGAAGAAUGUAAAGGAGGCGCUUGGAGAAAAGGACGGGUCCACAUAGAUCUACUUGAACUGGAUGCUUACUCCCGUGUCUUUUUUCCCACCUCAUUUUUGCUGUUUAACAUUGUCUACUGGGUGGGAUAUCUCUACCUUUAGCACAAUUCAGGAGUUUGCAAAAGGAGGACAGCACAGUUCAACACAAAACAUUUGAGAGCAUUGAAAGGCAACCAAAUAAAGUCUUUCCUGUGAAGCUGAUACCUGGAGAUAAAAACAGAGAACAGGCCUGUGCCUCACAGAGACUGCUGCCUCUGUGACUUCAGGUAUGAAAAAACCAACAAUAUUUACCGACUCCCUUCAUAUGCUGGUCACAGAGGAAAGGAAGGAUGGACUGUCUGUCACACAAUGACAACAUGAACACAAAGAAGGGAAUGUGCUUUGCACUGCUACACAAACUUCUCAGUCAGGAAGAUGACUUGUAUUGUAGUAGUGAAUGUACCGACACAUUAUUAUCCAGCCAUCAGUCAAACCCAGUUGAUGAAAAUCCAAGGACAUUCAAACCAUUCAUAGUGCCUUCCACUGGAGGGGUAGAUACAAUCUGCUACAAUAAUCAGGGAAUAAUGAUUUAUUAAAAAAAAAAAAAAAAGAUGAGCCUGGCUUUGACUGAUUAUGGCUGUUCUCAUUCAGAGCUGUGAGUUACAUUUAUGAAACAGCCAUUAGUUGGAACAACAUGAAGACUCCACUUCUUAUCUUGAUGAUACUGACUUUCAGCGUUUUAUAUUGACUUAUUACUCCUGCUUGCAACUCCAUUUUGUCUCCUUAAGAGUAUCCCUGUGCCCCUGACAGCUUUAUUAGCAUAUUGUAAUUUAUUCAUAUUUGUUUCCAUACAUGACAGCAAUAGAGUGCUGCAGGGAGGACAUAUAUUUUUAGACUAACCUGGAAGUUAGCAUCUUAACAAAAAGCCACUGGGAGUUUUCCACUGUAAACAUACAUUUAUGAUACCUUUUCAGCAAUAUAAGGUUGACAAACCACCUAAAUAAUUUUUUAAAGGUUCAAUUUGGAAGAUUUUCAUGGGCUUGUGUAACCAUGAAUUUUAGUAAAGGAGUUCUUUUUUUUUUUCUCGGAAUUGAGUGCGCUAAAUUCACUUCUAAGCUAACAAUCUCCUUA